GGUGAGUGGACGAGUCCUUGAUGGGGGGGGGGUCUCAGCGGUGUCGCGGUGGAAAUGUUGGGAUAGUACGGCUCCGAUGGCGAAGUCGGAGGCGUCAGUGGUGACAUAGAAAUGGCGAGUGGGGUCGGCGAUCUUGAGGACAGGGGCCGUGGUGAUGGUUUGCUUGACGGAGACAAUAUGGCCGAGGUAUUCGACGCUCGAAGUGGCAAACGUACAUUUGCUAAGCUUGGCGUAGACUUUUUGCUCUCGGAGGAUCACGAGGACUUGGCGGAGGUCUUGAAGGUGGGACUCGAAGGUGGGGCUGAAGACAAGGAUGUCAUCAAGGUAGACAACGACACAGACUUCGAGGAGGUUGCGGAAGAUGUGGUUCAUGGUGGAUUGGAAGGUAGCGGGGGCAUUGGUGAGUCCGAAUGGCAUCACGAGGAACUCGUAGUGCCCGAACCGAGAGCGGAAGGCGGUCUUGUGAGUGUCCUCCUCGCGGAUACGGAUCAGGUGGAAGCCACUACGAAGGUCGAUCUUGGUGAAGUACUUGGCUCCACGGAGACGAUCAAGGAGAUCGAAAAUCCGAGGCAGAGGGUACUUAUUCUUGAUCGUGAUCCGGUUCAAGGCGCGGUAGUUUGUGCACAUGCGGAGUUCCGAAGUUCCACCUUUCUUGACGAAAAGGCAGCUGGUUCCGAAGGGGGAUGAACUUGGCUUAAUGAACCUUUUUUCAAGGA